UUAGAGGAAACAUCAAAGACACCAUGAAUGGAAGUCAAUACAUGUGGAUCCUUAAUGGCCUUUCCCUCAUUCUGACAUCUGGAGCACUGGCAGGUCAUCUUCUCCAAAAUGUGGCACUGAAUCAGAAAGCAACCCAGUCUUCACAAUAUGGCGACAAGGUUGCUGCCAGGGCAGUUGAUGGGAACAGAGACGGGAAAUCAGAUUUCUGUGCCUGCACCAAUAUAGAGUCCGAUCCCUGGUGGAGGGUAGACCUGCAGAAUACGUACAAAAUUUAUGCUGUAAUAAUAACCAACAGAAAUUGGUUAGAAAGCAGUCUAGAUGGUGCUGAAAUCUGGAUUGGAAGCUCCACUGAGACCAAUGAUGACAAAAAAAUCAGGUGUGCGAUCAUCUCUCACAUUCCGAGCAGAGGUACAUUUUACUUUCCAUGCAGGGCUGCAGAGGGCCGCUACGUCACUGUGCUUCACCGAGGAAGCAAUAAGAUUCUAUCUCUCUGCGAAGUUGAGGUGUACACUGGAUAUCCUUUAGCAAAUGUGGCCCUGAAAGGAGAUGCGGCCCAGUCUUCAACGCUCUCUUUCGCUACGGCCUCUAAAGCCAUCGACGGGAGAAGGAACUCAUUCUACGAACGUGGGUCCUGUAGCCACACUGCCGAGGACGAGACCAACCCCUGGUGGAGGGUGGACCUGGGAGGAACAUAUAUAGUUAUGUCUGUCAAAGUCACCAAUAGAGGAGACUGCUGUGCCGAGAGACUGGAUGGAGCUGAGAUCCGAAUUGGGAACUCACAGGAGAACAACGGAAACAACAACCCCAGGUGUGCUUCCAUCUCCCACAUCAGAGCAGGUAAAACUUACACAUACCGAUGUGAUGGGGUGGAUGGAGGCAGCAUGGUGGGUCGCUUUGUGAACAUAAUUAUCCCUGGAGAGAGAAAGACUCUCACCCUGUGUGAAGUGGAGGUGUAUGCAUCCGCAGCAGUGGAACCUCUACCAAAUGUGGCCUUGAUGAAACAAGCAGCACAGUCGUCAACUGAAAUGCAUGCUAGGGCCUCUAAUGCUGUCAGUGGGUGUAGAAGUGGAUUCGGGGAUGGAUGCUGUACCCAUACUUCCAUGCAAUCCAAUCCCUGGUGGAUAGUAGACUUGUUAGCUGUGCACAAGGUUAGUGCUGUCUUAAUCAUCAACAGGCAAGACUGUUGUUCUGAAAGGCUUCUCGGGGCACAGAUCCUGAUUGGGAACUCUCCGGAGAUCAAUGACAAAAACCUCAGAUGUGGUACUAUCUCAUCGGUACAGAAUAUGUCUACGCACACCUUCCAGUGUGGAGACAUUGAAGGUCGCUACGUCACUGUGGUCAUUCCAGGAGAAGAUAAGAUUUUGACACUGUGUGAAGUGGAGGUCUAUGCUUCUUUGGCAGAGCCAGAAGCUUUUCCUCCUCCUCCUCCUCCUCCUCCUCCUCCUCCCACUGAGAGCAUGCAGCUGAGUGGCAGGACUGUGACGGUUGUGGGAGACAGGCUUUGCUGGUCUGAUGCUCUGUUCUACUGUAGACAUCACCACUGGGACCUGCUUAGCCUUCGCAGCGAGGAAGAGCAGAGCGCGGUGGAGCAGCUCCUGAGCCGCAGUCCUUUCCCCCUUACGGACUUUGUCUGGCUGGGAUUGCGCAGGUACAUAAUGCGCAACACGUGGUUCUGGAUGUCCGGCGAUUCCAUGAAAUUCUCCAAAUGGUCAUAUAGUUCUGCCCCUUUCCAUUGCUCUUAUUCAUAUUACCCGUGUGGAGGCAUGGCCAAAGGAGAGCGCCACCUGUGGGAGGAUCAGCCUUGUGAGGAGCUCCUCAACUUCAUCUGCGAAUCACGUGCUGAGGACGGAGCACAAAGAGUGUCUUUCAACAGCACCCGCAAAGUCCUUAGUGGGGACUAGGAUUGCUGCUUUGGGGCACCAUGUGUGGUUUCUGUUAACAAUACAGAACAUAUUUGAAAACACUGAUUUAAACUUAAGAUUAUAAAUUCAUAAAUCAUAGUAUCAGCAUAAAUAGUGACUAUACAAAAGUCUGACAUGCAUCCCUAAAUGGCAUAUCCCUCUAUAUUAUUUAUAUCUUUAUACCUCAGUAGGAUCUACAUUACAAGUAGCUGUAAAGUUCCUUGCUUGUUACUUCACUUCAGCCGGUUUUGUAAGACCUUGGAGCUCUGAAGUGCAGAGCUGAACUAUCAAUAGCAGUGUGUGCUACAUCAAACACUGUUAAAUCUUCAUUAAAACAACAGAAAUGUGAUACUGCUGCAUAUUUUAUUCUGUAAUUGUCUGAUUGACCUUGAGGUAGGAGAGAAUUCAUUCAAUUCCCUGUUAUGCUAGUGCGUUAUAAUAUGCUAAAAUAUGCAAUCAGUGUCUUUGUAGGCAGUGUAAGUAUGUUGAAUAAUCAAACAAAAAAAAAUAAAUAAAUA